AUGGUGCCAGACUUCCAGCCCAUUGGUUUUUUGGCCAACCUUCUCUGGCAGCGAUCCUUUCAAAUGCCAGAAGCUGCCUCUGCUGUUCCCACCUCCACCAGCAGAGGAGGAAUACCUGCUGUUCCCACCUCAACCGCUAGAGGGAGAAGUGGAGCUCCCGUUGCCGCCUUCUUGGCCUUUUGGUCUCCCCUCCCAAAAUCGCCUCCCGAGGGUCCGUUGCUGCCGUUGCCCGGGGUCGCCUGCUCGCCAUCGCCCAGGGUCGUCAGCUCUGUCUCGCCGACUCCGCUCAGGAAUGCCACAUCUGGAUCGCCUGGGGUUGCCUGCUGCUCCACAUCGCCUGGGGUUGCCUGCAGCUCCGCAUCGCCUGGGGUUGCCUGCUGCUCCGCAUCGCCUGGGGUUGCCUGCUGCUCCGCAUCGCCUGGGGUUGCCUGCUGCUCCGCAUCGCCUGGGGUUGCCUGCUGCUCCGCAUCGCCUGGGGUUGCCUGCUGCUCCGCAUCGCCUGGGGUUGCCUGCUGCUCCGCAACGCCUGGGGUUGCCUGCUGCUCCGCAUCGCCUGGGGUUGCCUGCUGCUCCGCAUCGCCUGGGGUUGCCUGCUGCUCCGCAUCGCCUGGGGUUGCCUGCUGCUCCGCAUCGCCUGGGGUUGCCUGCUGCUCCGCAUUGCCUGGGGUUGUCGUCGGCUUAGGGAUAAAGUUUCCAUCAAUUUUUCCCUACAACGAGGUGUCUUCAGGACCUACCACCAUUAACCAUGACUACACAGGAUGGCAAAGUCAUUGUGUAGUGCAAACAAGCAAGUGACUAUGAAGGGGAGUUAUUACA